AUGUCGGGAGCUCUCUUCGCGCCCCUGGAGGGCCCGGAUGCCCUGGACGCUGCGAGCGGCCACCCGCUCGUGUGCCCUCUGUGCCACGCGCAGUACGAGCGCCCGUGCCUGCUAGACUGCUUCCACGACUUUUGCACCGGCUGCCUUCGAGGCCGCGCCGUCGACUGCCGCCUCGCCUGCCCGCUGUGCCAGCACCAGACAGUGGUGAAGGGCCCCAGCGGGCUCCCGCCGGUGGAUCGACUGCUGCAGUUCCUGGUGGACAGCUCAGCGGAUGGUGCCGAGGCCGUGCAUUGCGCUAACUGCGACUUGGAGUGCAGCAAGCAGGACGCCGAGACCACGUACUUCUGCAACACGUGCGGGCAGCCGCUGUGUGCGCGCUGUCGCGACGAGACGCACCGCGCACGCAUGUUUGCGCAGCACGACAUUGUGGCCCUGGGCCAACGCAGCCGCGACGUGCUCCCGAAGUGCCCGCUACACGCCGAGCCCUACAUCAUGUUCUCCACUGACAAGAAGUCGCUGCUGUGCAUCCGCUGCUUCCGGGACAUGCAGGGGGAGGGCCGAGCCCACUGCGUAGACCUGGAGUCGGCCUACGUGCAGGGCUGCGAGCGGCUGGAGCAGGCGGUGCUGGCUGUGAAGGCGCUGCAGACGGCCACGCGGGAAGCCAUCACACUGCUGCAGGCCAUGGUGGAGGAGGUGCGGCGCAGUGCGGCCGAGGAGGAAGCGGCCAUCCAUGCCCUCUUUGGAAGCAUGCAGGACAAACUAGCUGAGAGGAAAGCGCUACUGCUGCAGGCUGUGCAGAGCCAGUAUGAAGAAAAGGACCAGGCCUUCAAGGAGCAGCUCACUCACUUGGCCACCCUGCUGCCCACCCUACAGGUUCACCUGGUCAUCUGCUCCUCCUUCCUCAGCUUGGCCAACAAGGCCGAGUUCCUGGACCUGGGCUAUGAGCUGAUGGCCAGGCUGCAGGGCAUCGUCACGCGGCCGCAUCGUUUGAGACCAGCGCUGAGCAGCAAGAUUGCCAGCGACUACCGCGCCGAGUUCGCACGCUGUCUGGAGCCUCUGCUGCUGCUGGGGCCGCGCCGGGCGGCAGGCACGGGUGGUGGCGCCGGCACGUUGGCAGGGGCCUCAGGCCCCAAGGUGCUGAUGGGGCCUGGCUGCCCCUCCCCAGGGGGAAAGACGUUCGGGUCGCCUGUCCAAAAGCCUUCACUGCACCGGUCCAUCAGCACCAAGGUGCUCCUGGCUGAGGGGGAGGCCACGCCCUUCACAGAGCACUGCCGCCACUAUGAGGACUCCUACAAGAGUCUGCAGUCAGAGAUCCAGAACCUGAAGGACCAGGUCCAGGAGUUGCACCGGGAUCUCACCAAGCACCACUCACUCAUCAAGGCUGAGAUCAUGGCGGACAUCCUCCACAAGUCCCUGCAGGUGGACACGCAGAUCUCCUUGCAGUGCGCCUCUGUGGAAGCCAUGAGAACAGUUUUUGAGGAGAUUUGGGAGGAGUCCUACCAGCGCGUGGCUAAUGAGCAAGAGAUUUAUGAAGCCCAGCUCCAUGACCUUCUCCAGCUGAAGCAGGAGAAUGCCUACCUGACCACUAUCACCAAGCAGAUCACUCCCUAUGUCCGUUCCAUUGCCAAGGUGAAGGAGCGGCUGGAGCCCAGGUUUCAAGUGCCCGUUGAUGAACAGUCUGAGAAUCUACAACACAUGUACGAGGACGGCAUGAAUGGUGAGACCCAGGCCAGGAAUGAUCCAGUGGGUGCCACUGAAAAGAGAGAGAAGACCUCUGAACCCAAAGGAAGCAGCCAACCUCUGAGCAGCCUUACAGAAGAGCCUCCACUGAAACACAAAGAUCACCACAGACCCAAACAGAAGAAUGGGGGCGAUGUCCCCAUGCGGAAAGAGCACCCGACUUAG